AGCGAGGCUCUGAGCGCGAUUCACAGAUCAACGCAGGGCGAGGGAGAGGACAGAGACACAAGGAGAGUGUGUGAAAGAGGCUGAAAGACACACACUGAGCGUGGGGUGUGCGAGCAGAGACAGGCAGACUGACUCAGAGAACGAGAGAGGGCGAGCUCCCUGCCCAUUCCAGAGCAAAGUCCCCCACCUCCACUUCCAGCUCCAGCUCCUGGAUGAGCGCUUGGUGUCCAGAGCUCACAGAACGCCUCUUCAGCUCUGCACGUUCACACUCUGAGGCUCAGAGUCACUUUACUGGGACGCUGGGUUUUCAGCAGGAGGUCGGACUGGAUACAGCCUGGAAGCCGAGACCUUCUGUUCUUCGUCUGAUCCGGGAUUUACACUUUAUCUCAGAUACUUCUGAGCUCCUGUGAUUAUCUGUGGAGCUACUUUUCCUUGCCAUCAUGGGAUCUGAGAAGUAUCUCCUGACCCUGGGGCUUCACCUCAACCUGCUCGUGAACCUUCUGGCUCUGGACAACUGUUCGUUUGGAUACGAAAGGAGACAAAGGAAAUGUAUAGAUGUGGAUGAGUGUAUUCAGCCCAGUGAAGUCUGCGGGAAGAACGCGCAGUGCAUCAAUACCAACGGCAGCUACUACUGUCAGUGUGACUCUGGGUUCGAAUCCACGUCACACACCGCCAACUUCACGCUCACCGAAGGUUCCUGCAUCGAUAUCAAUGAGUGUUUCAAGGUCAGAGAUGUCUGUGGCCCCAGUGCUACAUGCACGAACGCGAUAGGAUCCUACUUUUGCUCCUGCGUCAAGGGCUAUGCCUCCCAAAGCAACCACAGCUUCAGCUGCCAAGACAUAAACGAGUGUGACGAGGACUCGUCCAUUUGUGGACAGCUGGGAACCUGUGAGAACCAAGAAGGAAGCUACAGGUGCCGGUGCCAAGACGGAGCCAGUAACUUUGGCAAUGAGCAGGCGCACUGCGUAGCCCUAAACUGUGACCUCUACAAAACAGACAGCAAAUCCCAGAAGCUCCUGCCACGUCUUGACACCUUCUUGUCUCUGAUGAGGAACAGCUGCAAGCAACUGGGUCAGAGCUCAGGAGGACAGGUCUCACUGAUGAGUGGCGAGACGCUGUUGGAGAAAGUGCUGACAGCGGGUGAUGACCUCCUGUCCAGCGAGGCCCUGGAGAGCAGCAGCCAGGUCAGUGAGCUGCUGAGCUCCAUGGAGAAUGCCAUCAAGCUCAUUGGACCACAGCUGAAGAAAAACAGGACCAGGAAGGAGAGCAAACAUGCAGAGGUGGAACUCCUAAUAACCAGAGAGAAAUCACCACCCCGCGGGCCCAUCCACUUGUCCACUGAACACGCCCAGCUGGACACCACCUGGGAGACUGCUGCAGGGACCUCUGCGUACCCAGGAUUUGCAGUUGCCUCGCUGGUGGCUUAUAAAGAGCUGGAGUCGACUACAAAUGGCUCCUUCCACGGGUUGAGCAGAACGCACAGCGAAACGAGCUUCCAGAUAAACUCCAAAGUCGUGACAGCGUACGUGAGCAACCCAGACACCAGCCACCUGCUGACUCCGGCCACGUUCACAUUUUUACACCUUCAGAGCAAGGAUGCCGAGCACACCUGUGUGUACUGGGACUCCAGCAGCCAGGGCGGGUCCUGGUCGCCAAGAGGGUGUGUGAAGACGCAAUCCAACAGCACGCACACCGUUUGCUCCUGCAGCCAUCUCAGCAGCUUUGCUGUGUUGAUGGCGCUCUAUGAGAUCAAGGAUGCCUUUCAGCUGCAGGUGAUCACAUGGGUUGGACUCUCGCUGUCCCUGGUGUGUCUCUUCCUCUGCAUUGUCACCUUCUCCUGCUGCCGGUCCAUCCAGGGCACCCGCAACACCAUCCACCUGCACCUGUGCAUCAGCCUGUUCAUCGCAGACCUCACCUUCCUCAGUGGGAUCUCCAGCACAGAGAACAGGGGUGGCUGUGCCUUCAUCGCCGGCCUCCUCCACUUCUUCUUCCUCUCCGCCUUCUGCUGGAUGUUUCUGGAGGGGGUGCAGCUCUACCGCAUGGUGGUCCUGGUCUUCAACACGACGCUGCGCACGGUCUACAUGCUGGCGGCCGGCUAUGGAGUACCGCUGCUCACUGUGAUCAUCUCCGCCAUGGCCUACAGCGAGGGAUACGGCACCAAGCGCUACUGCUGGCUGAGUCUGGAGAGGGGCUUCAUCUGGAGCUUCUUCGGCCCUGUUUGUGUCAUCAUCGUCGCCAACAUCUUCUUCUUCAUAAUCACCGUGUGGAAGCUUGCCGAGAAGUUCUCCAGCCUGAACCCUGACCUGUCCAAGCUGCGGAAGAUCAGGACAUUCACCAUCACCGCCAUCGCGCAGCUCUGCGUGCUCGGCAUCAUGUGGAUCUUUGGCUGCUUCCAGUUCGAGGAGAGCAUGCUGGCCAUGUCCUACCUCUUCACCAUCUUCAACAGCCUGCAGGGGGUGCUCAUCUUCGUCAUGCACUGUCUGCUCUCCAAACAGGUGAGAGAGGAGUACGUUCGCUUCCUGUCCUGCAGCCCUGUGAAAGAGAAGAGGAGGGACAAGUACUCAGAGUCCAGCAGCUCACAGGCUUUACGCAUGACUCAGAGCACGGGGGAGUCCCAGAUGUGACGUCAGAGCUCUUCCCUCCAGGAUCUGAGUGCUGGACGCUGACUUGACAUGAGUUUUGUGUGAACCGUCGGUCCCCCACUGCAAGCACCUUCAGUCCCGCCCCAAAAGACUGGACACCUGGAGGACACAAGCAACACAAGCAUCACAGGAUAACGUUCGACGUCUCCACCAGGAGACCAGACACGCUUAUGAACAUCCGAGUCCAUUGCUUCACACAGACUGAUGUGAAGUGCGAACUCAAAGCGUCGCACUGCGGAGUGUGUGACCUACUGUGUAUCUGUACUUGAGUGUGCUUGUGUGUGUGUGUGUGUGUGUGUGUGUGUGUGUGUGUGUGUGUUCGCUGCCCACAUGGUACCUUUACUGACCUUCUCUGAAAGCAAAGAGUGGAACCUGAGGCCGGAACGGGACGUGUUCGCCUGUGAGACAACGCUUUUUACACUGUGUGUACUUUCUAAGCGUGGUGUGUGUGUGUGUGUGUGUCGUAUGGUGUGUGCGUCCCGUGUUGAGUGGUCCAGUGAAAUGGAAACGGGUUCAUUUGGGGUGCUCACUCAUACAGUCCAUGUCUGUAUGAACGUUCACACUGAAUCCUUUUCCUCGUCCAUCCAUCCAUCCGUCCAUCCAUCCAUCCAUCCAUCCAUGGACGUUUUGGGUAUGCAUGGACUGUCUUGCUCUGUUCACCCGUCCAUAUGCGUACCCCUCAUCCACACACGUUCUGUGGAUCCUGCUUUUCUCACUGAAAUUCUGUUUUGCACUAAUUUAGUUUCCGAUUCAAGGGGGUAAAAUUCGACUCUCAUGUAACUGUGUCUCUGACUUCUCUGUACAAUUUGUACAAAUGAAUAUUUGGAACUGAAAACCCGGUAACAAUGAUGUAAAGAACGGAAACGUAGAUUUCAGUAGUGAGUUUCUAACCCUCUGCCACGCCCACGGCACCGGCGUAACCGGUUACACCUGGGGCUCAACAAGAAUGACGACAUAAACGGCAGAAGCGGACGAAGAGCGUUGCGGAACCCUGUUCGCCAAAUCGCUUCCUCGCUCCGAGUCAGCAUUCUCCUGCGCCUUUGCUCCUUGCUCCUUGCCUUCGUGUACUCUGACCUGCCUUCUAGCGUUUUGACCGUCUGCCUGUUUUCCGACCACGAUUCCGGAUAUUCCUUGUGCGCCACGUUCGAUGUUCGAAGAUCCUCGCCUGUCCCUGACCACGGUUCCUGGCUUACUCCCGAAUAAACACCCGUGCACUCCGCAACCGAGUCCGCCCUUUCCUUCCGGAACGAAUCGUGACACCCUUAGUACUGCGAGCAAUACUUUAUUUUUGUGUUUCUCUAGUCCUUUCACAGCUGUUACGGGAAGUAUAUGUUAUAUAUUGA